GCCAGUCAGGUGAUGCAAGACCAGGAAGUGGAGACCAUAAUGAAUGCUCUGGACGUUCUGCAGGAGAUCACGCAGGCCAAGACGUGGAUCAGACAGGAGAACACGCGUGUCGAUGAGGAGAGGGGGCUUCUCACUCAGAAGAACAUCAAGUCCUCAGAUGCCAUCGCAAACCAGAUAUCAGACCACUCAGGCAGUGCUGUGGGCACCAAAGUCAAACGCGGGAGGACCCAAAAGCAGCAGCAGCAACGGCAGCAGCAGCAGCAGCACUCCUCCCUGCCGCCACUUGGUACAUCCACACCGUCACACACGUCAGGCAAUCACAAGCACUUUGGACAGUUCGGCGAUAGGCUGCCCUAUGUAAGGAAGACAUCAUCACUCAGUUUGUCCACCUUGGAAGAGUUAACCGAGGAGUCAGACAGAUCUGCGACAGUGAGUGAGGCGGAGGAAGAGAGGAAGUCAAAGGAGAGGAAGAGGAGGAAGAGCAUGAGCGUGAGAUCAGCGAGGCAGCCGAACGAUAAGGAGAGCGAGAGUUACAACCAGCAGCUGCAUAUUGAGCAGCAGGUCAGGGAGGAGUCAGAGCAGCAGCAGGCUAGACGCGGCUCGACCAGCGUGGCCUACCCAGAGACUCUUCAGCAGGCCCUCAAGCUCCUCAGCACCCAGGACUGGGAGACGAAGGUGGAGGGCCUGACCCUCAUCAGGCGUCUGUGUGAGCAGCAGACUGAGACACUACUGCCCAGGCUGCAUGACCUGUGCCUGGCCCUCACCAAAGAGGUGAAGAACCAGCACACGGCUGUGUCGCGUGCCGCCAUGCUGACCCUGGCCCAAAUGUACACCAAACUGGGCCAGAGCAUGGACGCGGAGGCGCCGGGCACGGCGCGCGUGCUGCUGCAGAAGGCCGGAGAUGCCAACCGCAUCAUCAGAGACGACGUGGAGAGGGCCCUCAGCCACAUGGUGCUCAGCGUGUCACCCGAAAGCAGCGUGGCCGCCCUCGUCAGCACCGGCCUCAAGCACCGCUGUUCAGCUGUGAGAGCGUGCGCCGCCAAUCACCUGUGGAUGGUGUCUGAGUGCGAGGACGCUAACCGCCUGCUGUCCAUGAGGAAGGACCUGAGCGAGCGCUUCGUCCAUGCCAUCUGCAGCAUGGCCCUCGACCCGGCACGGGAAGUCAGAGCUCAUGCCGGUAAAACUCUGGCCAACCUGGCUAUGCACCCCAAACUCAUCAGCUUGGUGGAGAAAUGUGCCCCCAAGAAUGACCAGACUGCCAUCAAAAACAUCAUCAGCAAAUACCAGCACAGUAAUGUGCUCUGAGGAACACUUCAC